GGAAGAGGAGGGAGGCAGAGGUCGCACACGCCUCUGAGUUACUCAUCAGCGGCCUGGCUCUGCCAGCGCUGCACUUAAAGACCUUGGAGCUUUUGUUAGCUCUUUGGCAAAAGUCCUCUAGUCCAACCCCAAGUAAAGGAGAGUUUUCAGUGGAAUCCACAUGGCAAGUGACAGACAUGGGCUGGAAAAUUCCAACUGUGUUUGGUGAAUAUCAGGUUAUUUUCAGAUCAGAUGUUGUUAGCUUCUGGACCUGAAUCACACAGCAGACUGGCAAGAGGAGAAAUAGUGGGAAAUUAACUGAGCUGUAACACAGAGCUAGUGAGAGUUUGAGGUGAUUUCUCAGUGUAGGGGUAUGGAGAGAAAGAAAGAGUCCUGAUUUUAUCAAAUGAUUUGUUUCUGUUUGAAUCAGGCCCUGGCUGGAGGCAUGCGGCUACCGCGCUUCUCCAGCACUAUCGUGCCAGCUCUCCUGCUAGCCCAGACCUGCGUCCUACUCUUUCUGGUGUCGCGACAGGGGACACCGUCCUCCGCAGGCAGGGAGGAACAUGUGCAUGUGUUGAUUCUGUCCUCAUGGCGCUCGGGCUCAUCCUUUGUAGGCCAGCUCUUCAGCCAGCACCCCGACGUCUUCUACCUGAUGGAGCCUGCCUGGCACGUGUGGUCGGCCCUGUCGCAGGGCAGCGCCCCCGCGCUGCACAUGGCGGUGCGCGACCUGGUCCGCUCGGUCUUCCUGUGUGACAUGGAUGUGUUCGAUGCCUACCUGCCCUGGCGCAGGAACCUCUCGGAUCUCUUCCAGUGGGCGGUGAGCCGCGCGCUGUGCUCGCCGCCGGCCUGCAGCGCCUUCGGCCGCGACGACAUCAGCAGCGAGGCGGUGUGCAAGCCGCUGUGCGCGCGGCGACCCUUCCGCCUGGCCGGGGAGGCCUGCCGCUCCUACAGCCACGUGGUGCUCAAGGAGGUGCGCUUCUUCAACCUGCAGGUGCUCUACCCGCUGCUCAGCGACCCCGCGCUCAACCUGCGCAUCGUGCACCUGGUGCGCGACCCGCGCGCCGUGCUGCGCUCCCGCGAGCAGACGGCCAAGGCGCUGGCGCGCGACAACGGCAUCGUCCUGGGCACCAACGGCACGUGGGUGGUGGCGGAUCCCGGCCUGCGGGUGGUCAGCGAGGUGUGCCGCAGCCACGUGCGCAUCGCCGAGGCCGCCCUGCGCAAGCCGCCGCCCUUCCUGCGAGGCCGCUACCGCCUGGUGCGCUUCGAGGACCUGGCGAGGGACCCCCUGGCCGAGAUCCGCGCGCUCUACGCCUUCACCGGCCUGAGCCUCACGCCCAAGCUCCAGACCUGGAUCCACAACAUCACGCAUGGGUCCGGGCCCGGCGCGCGCCGAGAGGCCUUCAAGACCACGUCCAGGGACGCGCUCAACGUCUCCCAGGCCUGGCGCCAUGCGCUGCCCUUUGCUAAGAUUCACCGCGUGCAGGAGCUGUGCGCAGGCGCACUGCAGUUACUGGGCUACCAGCCCGUGAGCUCCGAGCGCGAGCAGCGUGACCUCGCUGUGGACCUGGUACUGCCUCGUGGCACUGACAGCUUCAAGUGGGCGCCUUCCUCGUCCACCAAUGCGCAGCCCUAGCCUUGGCAGAAGGCCCCAGUUCCGAUGGCGGCAGCGUUUGGUGGAGACUGUAUGCGGAAGACCGAGCCUGAGAUAGCAAGCCAGGUGGCGUGCGGGCGGGAAGCUGAGAGUUUGGGGAACUUGGAUUGUACUAGGAAAGGACUGAGUCCAAAUCCAAAGUGGUUCCUCAAAUUUUGACUUUCCAAAGAGCUGGGGUCCUAUAAGGUUCACUCUUAGGGAAAGUGAAAGUCUUGCCCCCCACUUCUGGGCCGAGAACCAACUUGGCUCCUUCUCCAGCAUUUCUUUCUCCUUAACUCUGUUCUGCAAUAGACAUAUCAUGAAGUAACAAAGACCGGUGACCCAGCCUUGGCUGGGAGUGGAGGAGCACUGCUGUGCGCUGGCUCCUAAAGUCUGCACGAUUCCUCACCUGCACGCACAUCCUCACACUUGGUACCAUCAAAGCCUGUGACAUUUGUAUUCACCUGCAUCAUUAGCGAGGAACCAGAGACAAUCCCACUUGUGGUCUCUCUCGGCCUCACGUGUUUGUUUGUUUGUUUGUUUUUCUUUUUGAUUUUACUAGAUGGGGUCUCACUGCAGCCCAGGCUGACCUGGAAUUCACUAUGAAGUCUCAGGCUGGCCUUGAACUCAUCUUGAUCCUCCUACUUCAGCCUCUUGAGUGCUAGGUAUAAAGGCAUAUGCCACCAGGCCCCGCUCAGCCUCACUUUCUAGGAAGGAGACCCAUGGAUGAAUCACUAAUGAUCUUUGAAUUUACCUUGAGGGGACAGAGCCUACUUACGGAAAUAAACAUGAUGAACUUGUAUGGCACAAAUUACAGUUUACAGUCUACAGUGUUGGACAAGCACCUCAAAAAUACGGGGAUUUGUCUAAGGUCACAUGACAAGGACGAAGGGAGACACACUGUGCUCUGGGCUGCAGUACGUAGGAAAAGGGUUGCUGGCACACCUCAAGCCUCCCAGCACUUGGGAGGUAGAGGUAGGAGGUUCUCCAUGAGUUAGAGGCCACCCUGAGAAUACAGAGUGAAUUCUAAGUCAGCCUGGGCUGGAGUGAGACCCUACCUCAAAAGAGAAAAAAAGGUAAGUGAGAUUUUUAGAGAGCUGCCUCCUAGCAAAUAGACAUUUCCUCAUGUGGUUUGCUUUAGGGAAGAGCAGGCAGUCCGCUAAAGAUCCAGCUCUCCAGCUGAGGGGCUGGAAGGAGAGGCAGAACACAGGACAUAGCCUAGAUGAGCCUGGAAGGAGGAGGGAGAGAGAGCCAGAGAGGUCUGGGCAGCAAGCCAGGUGAAGCUGGUAGCACAGUAAGAGAUUGGUGAGGGGAUUGGUCCAUGGAGGACAGCCAUGAGGUGACUGUCUCACCAAGCAGGAGUUUGAAAGAGGUCUUGCCACUUGGCUGGUGGUUCUGACUUCUCUUGAUACUUCCAGGUGAGGCCCUGGAGGAAAGCAGAAUAAGAUGCAUGCCUGAAAACCACACAGGCAGCACAAAAGCUUCCUAAAGGGAUGCUGGUGUACAGAGGGGCUUAGUUGUAGGAAACAAGAACCAGUAAAUGUUUAAAAAGGAGGACGGCCUCCACAGAACAUGUAGGAAGGACAAGGAAAUGGAUUUGAAUUUGAGUCCACAUCAAACACUCCAGCUCACACUGGGCCACACGGCCGGUCUGUGAACUCAGGUUGCCACAUCAUUGUUCCCAUUGCUUGCCAGAAGGUGUAGUGGUGGUUACUGGCAUCUGAUUCUCAGCAUGGGUGUGGCCUUCAAUUGAUGGAACUUGGGGCAAAGAAUAUCUGACAUUUUCUGCUUCUUUAGUUGAAUAUUAAAUCUAAUGUGUCCAGGGUCAGAGAGAGAGAUAGUCAAGCUCACAAGCUUGAGAACCUGAAUUUGGUCCCCAGAACCUGAGUGCUGAGCUGGGCGUGGUGGCAUACACCUUUUAACCCAGCUCAGGAGGCCUGGUUAGGAGGUUCAAGGUGAGUUUGAGGCCAGUCUGAGACUAUAUAGUGAAUUCAAAUUCCAGGUGAAUUUGAACUACAGCCAAGAAAAAAAAGUGUUGUCAGGUGUGGUGGCUCACGCCUUUAAUCCCAGCAUU